AUGAGUCCUCAGAACUCCGUCGACGGGACAGAACAGCAACGCGAUGGGUCCAGCACAAGGACGGAACUCGAGCCACACUCCGGCUUCAAUCUCGAGGCCAGGCCUUCGGGCAAUGAGCCAACACCACCGAACGGUGGCCUGGUGCUAGGAGGAGGGAAAACGAUCAAAUUAAUGCUCGUGCCGGACAAUGCUGGGGCACCGUCUCCGCCUCCCAAGAAGAAAGACAAGCCUCAUCCGCAGACCAAGAUGACAAAGUUCUGGGCCAACUUUGACCCCGAAUACGUCGGCAAGGUGACUCGGGUUCUGCCCGAGCGUAUGACCGACAAGAACCUCUCUCUAGCACAGCUGGUCGGCGAAAUCGCUCACUGCGCCUCCAAUUCGUACGACAAUGCCAAAGAAACCUGCAUUCGUGACGUGAAGAGGAUCAUCAAGGAGUGCCGCGACGCAAACCAGAAGUAUACGGAUUCCCAUUUCGAUAUCGAAAGGGAUCUGAAGAUCACAAGAAUCCGAGACUGCUUGGAUGGUCUCGUGGUUGAUCCCAGCGACAAGGAAUACCCAGCGGACGUGAAACGGGUAACCGAUAUAUAUGACGAACCGAAGUUCUAUGUGGACGGCGUCUCAUACGAUGACAUUUUGCAAGGUUCAGCUGGUGACUGCUGGUUUCUAGCAGCCAUAUCAUCAUUGGGGUGUAACCAGCAAUUCAUUGAUCGCGUGUGUGUGGUCCACGACCAAGCCGUGGGCGUCUACGGUUUCGUGUUUAAUCGAGACGGAGAUUGGCAUCAUUGUAUCAUCGAUGACAAACUGUUUCUCCGAGCUCCCAACUACGAUGAAAGUGGCGAUGUCGUUCUUGGCCAAUAUGGCCUUCGACGGGCGAACCAGGAGGACCAAUACCAGCAGCUUUUCCAGAGAGGUUCCCAAGCACUAUACUUUGCGCAAUGUCGCGAUCAGAAUGAGACAUGGGUCAGUCUUCUCGAAAAGGCCUACGCCAAAGCACAUGGAGACUACGCAUCCAUCUCCGGUGGGCAGACAGGCGAAGCGAUCGAAGAUCUGACCGGUGGAGUCACCACCGAGAUCUACACGACCAACAUCCUCGACAUAGACGCAUUCUGGAAGAACGAACUCUCUCGUAUAGGCAAGGAUUUCGUCUUUUCGUGCGCGGCAGCCCGCUGGCGCGAGUGGCGCCCAUACCUCCUCAUGAACGAGAAGGUCCGCGAAGAACGCCGCUCCGGCAUCGUCAGCCAACACGCUUAUGCCGUUCUCGACACCUACGAAGGCCACGGGCAACGACUGGUCAAGGUCCGCAACCCAUGGGGCCGCAAAGAAUGGACCGGCGCCUGGAGCGACGGCUCCAAGGAAUGGACCGCUGAGUGGCUAGAGCGCCUCCAUCACUCCUUCGAUGACGACGGAAUUUUUUGGCUUGCCUACUCAGACUUGCUAAGCAAGUACAAGUACAUCGACCGCACACGCAUCUUCGGGCCAGAGUGGCACGUAGCCCAGCAGUGGGUGUCCGUGCAAGUACCCUGGAGCACCCUCGACUACCAAACAAACCACUUCUCUAUCGACGUACCCGAAGAUACGGAGGCGGUCAUUGUCCUCUCGCAACUCGACGACCGCUACUUCAAGGGUCUGCAAGGCAAGUACAACUUCACUCUACAGUUCCGCGUCCAGAAAGACUCGGACGACGAAGAAGAGUACAUAGCCAGGAGCAAACUCAACUACGAGCUUGUCCGAUCCGUCAACGUCGAAGUCCAGCUCGCCAAGGGCACAUACUCGGUUCUAGUCAAAGUCGAAGCCGUCUCCACCGGUCGCGACGACGUCGAAAAAGUCAUUCGCAACAACAUCCACCGCCGCGACAAGAUCACCCAAAUCGGCAAGUUAUACGACCUGGCCCACCAAAAGGGCCAGCUGCCAGGGACAACCGUCCCAGGAUCCUCCGGCACAUCCACCCCAUCAGCCGUGGGAGCCAGGACGCCGCCAGCCCCAGCCAGCGUCGCCCAAGCAUCGACCACCUCCAGUGAUGGAGAUGGAAACGGAAAGGACGACUCCGCUGACGAUCCCGAACGCGACCCGAACCGCAACCCCUGGAAUGCAAGCUGCGUCGUCGGUUUGCGCGUCUACUCCAAACAACCGGAGCUAGGUCUCAAAGUCGUCGUGCCCACCAAGGACGAAAUCAUAGAAAACAAACCGACCCUCGACCGCGAUGACGUGGCAAAAUCCGCUCUGGACGAGGUGCAAGUUCUGGCCGACAAGGUCGACGAAAUCACCGGGUCAAUCAAAGGAGAUGAUGACGACGGAGGCCCUGCAGCUGUUGGAGAGCUCCUGGCUGCCAACGCUCGCAACGAGGCACAUGCACAGGCCUUGACCGCUCCCGGCAAAGAGAAGAAGACGCAGCGACCCGUCGAGAGCGACGAAGAUGAUGAAGAGUCGGACGACGAGAGCGCAGCCUCAUAUGACGACUGA